AUGCGAUUUUCUGCGGCCACGGUGCUGGUCUCGUUGCUGGGAUGGAUAGGGGUCGCAUCUUCACAUAACAUCCUCCUCCGGGCCCACUCGAGAGAGUGUUUCCACGAGGACCUGCACAAGGAUGACCGCAUGACCGUCACCUUCCAAACCGGCGACAGGGAGUUUGGAGGCAGCGGAAACCUCGACGUCAGCUUCUGGGUACGUCGAACAUGA